AUGGCAGACUUCCUAGGCAGGCCCUCAGACGGCGACUCCCCCUUCGCCAUCGGCAACAGAGCCAUGCGCGACCUCUCCUCCCCCCAGCCACCCCAGCAAAAGAACCCCCUCCCGAGGGGGGCGAGUGUACCGGGUGUGGCGCCGGGCCAGGUGUUUAGGGGACCGUCGCCCCAUGGCCAGGGGUAUGGCCAGCAGCAGCAACAGGGGGGAGGAGGAGGGGGGAGGGGGUACGCGCCGCCGAUCCAGACGGGUGGGCCUGGCUUUGGGCAUGGGGGACAGGGUAUGAGUAGUCCUCGUAACGGCAACUUUCAACAACAACAAGCCUACGGUGCUCAGGGCUAUGCUUCUCAGCCGCAGGUCCAGCAUCAGCAGCAAGGGUAUAACCCCCCGCCGAGGGGGUACACCUCCCCGCCCCCUCAGCAGCAGCAGCAGGGGUAUCAAAACCAACAACUACAGCAACAACAACAACAACCCUACAACCCCCGCCCGGCCUACCCAGCCCAACAGCCGCAAUCCCAAGCACCUCUCCAAGGCCAGGGGUACCACCCCAACCCGAACCCUCGUUCACCAAUCUCCUCCGGCCCCCCGCAGUCUCAGGGUUUCUACGCUCAACAACCCCCUCAGCAACAGCAACAGCAGCAGCAGCAGCAGCAGUAUGGCAGUGCGCAGAACCAGCCGACGUACGCCUCGACGAGAGAAAGGCAUUCCCACCAAGGGCAGCAAGGCCAAUGGUCUCAGGCGCAGGCGCAGGGGCAGCAGGCGACGUCGCCGCCGCCUGUACCGGCUACGUCGGGGGAUGAUGUCGAGUUGCGUAAUAUGUUCAACGCGUUCGACUCGACGCGCACCGGCCAACUCAGCGGUGGUGAUCUGCAGAGACUGUUGGCGAAGGAUGCUACGAUGGACGCUAGGGAGGAUAGUGUCAAGAUGCUUAUGAAUAUCUUCGAUACGGACCGCAGCGGGUCGAUCAAUUUCCAAGAGUUUGAGGGGUUGUAUCGAUAUAUCCAAGACUGGCACGGCAUAUUCCGCCGCUUCGACACCGACGCCUCGGGCCUGAUCGACCGUGCCGAGCUCCACUCUGCGCUGCUCGGCUUUGGUUUCUCCCUCCCGCCAGAGAUGGUCGAUAAGAUCGAAAAGCGGUUUGGCCCUCCCCCCACCCCUGCCGGUGGAAGAAAGGUGGAGGGCGAUGGGAUAAGUUUUGAUAGGUUUUUGAUGGCGUGCGUGACGGUGAAACAUUAUAGUGAGGGGUUUAGGGCUGUGGAUGUUCGGAAUGAGGGGAGGGUUAGUAUGGAUUAUAACAAGUUUAUGGAGAUGAUCCUCGACGCUCCUAGCUAAACUUUUCCCCGCCGAGUCUCACAUCAUUCUUCCGUCAAAAAAAUCCCAAUCAUCAUUUCCCAUCGCAUAAACGCAUUCACCACAGUCCCAUCACAUGUCCCGGCCUCUCAUUACCCAUUUGUCUUUUCGAUAUACCCAAUUAUACCCUUUCCCGUCCUCCUUUGCAGUACGAGCACAUCGUACGGAAAAGUACGACGGGGAUGCCUUAUACCCCUGUUUUUCAAUUACUUAUAUUUGAUACCCUAUAUGCCUUAUCUUGUUAUGGCGAUUUUGAUUACCCUAUUUGUCAUCUGUGUUUCUUGGAGAGGAGAUCGGAGAGGAAGGGGAGGAGGAGUGUCGCUUUUUUGGGGAUGCAAACCAUGUUCUCGACACAUAUUGUUUUUUUUGUACACGCUCGCCCAGCAAAGUCACGUAAAUGGCAGAGCAUGACAAG